AUGUCUGGAAGCAUUUCAAGUUUUCUCGGGGACCUCAAUGACUACGACAAGAUUAGCGAAGCAGACGAUGGCUGGACUUAUUGGGGCUUCACCAUAUACCGGACAUAUCAUGGCCCUGAUUCCGAUGAGCAAUGGUCUGCGUUGCUCGAGAAAAUCACAGACGGCGUGGGAGAGAGUCUCACGUAUCUUGAGGAGGUCGACAAGAAUCCUGACGCUGUCACGAAAGCACUGCUUCAUUUUCGAACGGAUGCUCGUUCAGAUGCUGCUACCUUGGACGGAAUGUCGCUCCAAGAUGUCCGGUUCGCCUUUCUUGACGGUGUCGGGGGCCAGCCUAUGAACACAGAGGAAAAUUAUCCAUGGCGCCUGUUCCUUUUGGCCGAUGCGCAGGUCCUACAGAAUCCUGAUCUCAGCCUGAUCAAAGUUGCAGCGCCACAUUACGACCCUGUGGAAAUGUUCUCAUUUGAAUACCUCGCCAAAGGACCGGGAGCAUUGUGGAUCCCAGAAGAUACUUGGUUGGGGGAAAGUACAAUUAAAGAGAUGAAAUCACUACACCGUGAUUGGCAAUCCCAGGGCUCGUAA